ACUUAUUCUUUGAUUUUUUUCCCUAUUUAAUUUCUUCUCUCCCAAUAUAUAAAUCACUUCUUUGCUUCCUUCUUCAAAUUGAACAACAGCAAGCAACAGGCUACAGCCAACAGCAAUCAAAGCAAUACCCUUCAUUUAUAAUUUCCUUUUGUUUUUUUUUCCUCAAAGCAAAAGGCUGCAGAAUGAUACUAUCAUCUUUGUGAGUAUAUUUUUGCCAACUUCUGAGUGUGCUGCUUGAAAUGGUGAUAGUUGACCACCAAGAACUGCAACGAUCUGUAUGUCAAAAAGGAAGACUUCCUAUAAUGGAUUUAAAACAAGCUUAUGAUGUUGAACUUAUGAGUUCCACUUAUAAAAUUCAGCAUGAACUGUGGCCAUUAGAUGAAAUUGAUUCAAGGAAUGCAAAGUUCCCUUGCUGUCGAGUUUGGACUCCUCUCCCUGUUGUCUCAUGGUUGGCACCCUUCAUUGGACUUCUUGGCAUUUGCCAGGAGGAUGGAGCUAUUCUCGACUUUUCAGGAUCGAAUAUUGUGAAUGUUGAUGAAUUCUCUUUCGGUGCCACAGCUCGAUAUGUUAAACUUGAUAGAGAAAAGUGUUGCUUUCCUCUGAACAUGUCCGUGCAUACAUGCAAGCAAGGUUACCAGCAUUCCGAAUACGGGACAGCGGUCACAUGGGACGAUGCGUUACGGUCGAGUAUACGUUAUUUUGAGCACAAGAGCUACAACCUCUUCACAUGCAACUCACAUUCAUUUGUUGCAAAUUGUCUCAACCGACUCUGCUACAACGGAUCGAUGGAUUGGAACAUGCUAACGGUGGCUGCUCUAAUACUAUUUAAGGGUCAUUGGGUCGACAACAUGUCAAUAAUAAGAUCUUUCCUCCCUUCCAUGGUGGUGCUCUGCCUCGGGUUAGUAUUGGUCGGCUGGCCAUUCUUGGUUGGAUUGUUCCUAUUCUCUCUACUCCUCAUGGGGUAGUUUGUAUUGGGAACUUUCUAUCUGAAAACCAUUUUGGAAUGCUAGAGCAACUGGUCAAAGUUGAAGGUUACUUGAUCCAAUAAUUUAUUUUUGAAUAAUAUUACCUUUGGAGCCUAAUCUGAUCCAUAAGGUGAAAGUUAAAGAUCACAGGAGAGGGGACGUUUGUUAGAUUUGUCACAUGAAAUCCUCGAAUCCGCAGUAUAUUUUGCCUUUAAAGCAGUGGACCAUAACUCCCAACCCCCUACAUGUUCCUCUCAUUUAACUGGUAAUCACAAUUUUAUUAUAUAUAAAUAUAAGCAGACAUAGAUAUAUGUGCUUCAAGAACAA